CUUUGCUCCUUUUCGUUCCGCUUCGUUCCUGAUAUCAUGCUUGCCUGCGCUGGCCUGGGCUUGCUGGGCCUGGGCUUGCUGAGCUUGGCUCGGGCAGAUCAGGGCUGUGGGUACCAGUGCCGCAGCGACUCGGAGUGCGGAUCUUGUGGAAGUGCUGGCAGUGGCCGCUGCAGCUGCCCUGACGCUGUCCUGGCUAUCAGCUGCACCUGCAUUUCGGCGCCUUCUGGCGCACCUGAAGGGCCAAGCGAUGUGAAGGACAGCGUGUGGCCUCGCCAGUGGACUGCAAAUGUGGAGACCUGGACGUACAGUGACUUCUCCAACAGGACCUCACAGGCUCGCGGGAAGUUCUACUAUGAUGCCGAACUUCAGCGUUCCAGGGCAGACUGGAAGCCCUACAUCGAUGGCAGAGACGCCGUGCAGGUCUGGAUCUCUGGCCCCGAGGGCUCAAGGUACUAUGUCAAGUCGGGGAUUCUGUGCAUCUCCUUUGGCAUCAGCGAUCCAGGCAUGCCAUCAGAGCCUGUGGGCUUGGAGCGGGCGGACUGGAUGCAGCGAUGCCAGGAGCUCGGCUUUGCCAAGUACAUCGGACGUGAGCAGGUGCGCGUGGAUGGUCAGGACCAGUGGGCGGAUCACUGGUCUUGCCACGUCGACUACGAAAAAGCCAACCAGUCCAUCACUUUCCAGAACUGGCACUCCCUCGCACCAAAAGGCCUCCCUCUCCGCGUCACUGGAGGGAACUCAGCGCCCAAUGCUCAGAAGGGCUCACCUCGGCUGAACACGGCCUGGUACAGCAACUUCAGCGUGGGACCCGGUGCAACGAAACCCGAGGACUUCCAGAAGCCAAAUUUCGGCCUAUGCAUUCCUGUUGGUGAGCAGGAGGUGGAAGAAUUCUUUGGCCACCCUGCGACGCAGGGACACCUCUUUUCGGGCGAUUUUCACCGCCGCGCUCGAUUCCUUCCUCAUGCCUCGCCGCGUCAAGAGGACAUGCGCCGCGCGCGGCAGAAGAAGCCCAGCAGCAGCUUCCUGGGCAGCUCCUUCAGCCAGGCCAUGGAGAAGCUGAACGCAGUGCUGCUCAGUGAUCCAGCCUUGCAGACGAAGCCCUGUGGCUACCUGACCACCUCAGAGCUUCAUGCUACGCAGCGGCUGCUUUUUUAUGCCCGCUCUAGCUCACUGGAUGCAGUUUACCGAGCUGCCAGCGAUUCCCGGCAGAUGGUUCAUGUCAGUCCUAAGGAGCUCCUAGAUGAGCAGGAGCACUUCAAGCGUCUCGAGGCGGACAAUCCCGAGGUUGCAGUGAUUGCACGAGACGGAGCCUGCCACGAGGUGGUGAUGUGGUACAUCCAUCACCUCACCACCGAUGCUAGGGAGGCCGUGAAGCCGCACUUAGUGCUCCCGCUUUUGCCGGGCCACCACCACGGCAGUCCCACAAAGCGCUACAGCAGCCAGGUGAGCUGUGCUGUGUGCCACACGGCGCCAGAAGUGGUCGUGUGA